CGGCCGGCGGGGAGACCGGACGCGGCGCGCGGAGGAAGCAGGACCCGGGCGGGCGCGCGGCGGGAGCGGGCUCGCAACCAUCAGUGGGACAGGAACCAGCGCUAAGGACCUCAUGAUGUGUCGAGACGGACCUGGGAGCUGCCGACUGGCCGCCUUCCUCUGAAUCAGCUGCUAUUUCUGUGUGUCUCUCGUUUUCAAAGCUCCCCGGAGGCAACCCGAAAUCCCCUAUGGCCUCAGAAUAGGGAUGGGGGAGGGGUUCUGAGCUCCUCAUCCAACAUGUCUAUCUCACAGGCCUCGGAAGGAGCCACAACGCCGAAGGCAAGAAUCUCAGGGCACUGCCCACACUGGGGUGGUACCCUGACGAAUGUCUAGCACAUCCAGCAUGGGUCCGGCGGGCCUGACCGUUGGUGGGGCAGAGUUCCAGAACAGCGAGACGUCCUGGCAUCCAUCCGGUUUAGGAAAGACCUUUCACGGCCAGCUGGUGGUCACCUCCAUGCUCUUGAAAUAGUCCAGCCUUGAGGUUUCUUCCCUGUGUGGUCUGUUCUGACGCAUGGCCCCGCCAGCGCGAAACACGAUGACUUUGUUCUGUGGGCAACGCAGCUGUGAAAGAGGCAGCUGUGUGUGUCCACGUCUGCGGGAAGAGAGAGCCCCCUAGAAUGUCCCCGGUGAACCAGUCAGUGGAAGGCCUUCUGCAGGAGGCCUCCAACCGAUCUCUGAAUGCUACGGAUCCUCCAGAGGCCUGGGACCCGGGGACCCUGCAGGCCCUCCAGAUUUCUCUGGCCGUGGUCCUCGCCGUCAUCACGCUGGCCACGGUCCUCUCCAACGCCUUCGUGCUCACCACCAUCUUCCUCACCAGGAAGCUCCACAGCCCGGCCAACUAUCUCAUCGGCUCGCUGGCCACGACGGACCUCCUGGUUUCCAUCCUGGUCAUGCCCAUCAGCAUUGCGUACACCAUCACCCACACCUGGAGCUUCGGCCAGGUCCUGUGCGACAUCUGGCUGUCCUCGGACAUCACGUGCUGCACGGCCUCCAUCCUGCACCUCUGCGUCAUCGCCCUGGACCGGUACUGGGCCAUCACCGACGCCCUGGAGUACAGUAAGCGCCGGACGGCCGGCCACGCGGCGGCCAUGAUCGCCGUGGUCUGGGCCAUCUCCGUCUGCAUCUCCAUCCCGCCCCUCUUCUGGCGGCAGGCCAAAGCUCAGGAGGAGCUGCUGGACUGCCAGGUGAACACCUCUCAGAUCUCCUACACCAUCUACUCCACGUGCGGGGCCUUCUACAUCCCGUCCCUGCUGCUCAUCAUCCUCUACGGCCGCAUCUACCUGGCCGCCCGGAGCCGCAUCCUCAACCCGCCCUCCCUCUACGGGAAGCGCUUCACCACGGCCCAGCUCAUCACGGGCUCGGCGGGGUCCUCCCUCUGCUCCCUCAACCCCGGCCUCCAUGAGGCCCACUCCCACCUGGCCGGCUCGGCCCUCUUCUUCCAGCAGGUGAAGAUCAAGCUGGCGGACAGCGCGCUGGAGCGCAAGAGGAUUUCGGCCGCUCGGGAGAGGAAGGCCACCAAGACCCUGGGGGUCAUCCUGGGCGCCUUCAUCGUCUGCUGGCUGCCCUUCUUCGUGGCGUCGCUCGUCCUCCCCAUCUGCCGGGACGCCUGCUGGAUCCCCCGAGCCCUCUUUGACUUCUUCACCUGGCUGGGCUACUUAAACUCGCUCAUCAACCCCAUCAUCUAUACCGUGUUCAACGAAGAGUUCCGCCAAGCGUUUCAGAAAGUGGUCCAUUUCCGGAAAGCCUCCUAGUUUUGCCCGGUGGGGACUCUGGUUAUCAUUUGUGUCCUAUCACCCAACUGGAAUUGUCCUUUUUUUAUUUUUUAUUUUACCUGAGAUUUGGGUUAAUCCUGAUAUGAGGGGUUUGGGGUCAAUCAACAGAAUUGUUGUGUGUGUUUUUUUAUUUCUUAUUCCUGUUGUCUUCUUGACUUCUAAGCCAACUCAAAGCCGGGAAGCUGAGUGAAAGGGGACAAAGACUGAAGAUUUCCCUCAGCCUAAUAUUUUUAGGGUUCAUCCAUGUCGGAGGAAACAUGGCCCACAGGGUUCCGCGCGGAUGCAAUUCAGGCGGGAUACUGACUCUGUGGGAAGAGCCAGGCUCACAAGCGCGGCUUUCUGGUCUACCAAAGUUUUUUUUUAUGGACCUCAAAGGAGGGUGUUCACCCUCUGAUUCCUUCUUAGACUGGAUCUCUCCCAGUUGUUCAUGUAAGGUGAUAUCAGUGUGGAGUGACAGAGAGAGGUUCAGAGGCUGGGGGCAGUGGAGUGGAAAGAUUGGAACCAAAUCCACUAUCUUGUACCCUUCCUCCUCCUCCAGUCUCUCUGCACCCUAUUCAUGUUCUGAGGUUAAAACCCACAAUCGCCCCCACUGAAGUAGAUUGACAGGCUUUGGACCCACCAAGGUUUGAGUGGAACACCAUUCUGAUUCCCUCUCUCCCCUGAAUUUUUACAUGCCAUUCUCAUUAGAGAUCUUAACAUGUUGAGUCUUAUCAAAUAAAAAGCAUGAGACAUCAUGA